CGGCAAAAUACGAAGACGUGAGCGCGGAGCGGACCGUCGUCAUUUUCGCCGGCUAACACACCUUUCGAACGACGCGUAACGGUGGCCGGGCCAUAAAAUCGCCAUAAUCACAUCACCGGCAAUUCGAGUGCGGCGUGCUAAUUAUGCAAGGCUGAGAACUAGCCAAAAAUGAAAAGGGGCCCACUAAACCAGUUGAAAAUAUAAACUAGUUUGUGAGUGCGUGUGAAAAGGCCAAGGAAUUUGGCCGAAAACAGACAAUAGCUAGGAGGCUGCGGAGGAUUCAAGUCCAGAAGUUGCCCGACCAGUUUUCGGGCCUCUGUGUGCGUGUGUGCUCGGCUUAUUUGGAUUACCUUUUUAUCGGUGUGCUCGGUGCCUGCGAAACGGAGCGGAUGAGGAGGAGCAGCUAGUGGCCCCCAGAGAUACCGAGAGAUGCCCUUCGUCCAGCGCGUGGUGCAGCCCGUCAAUGUGGCCCAGGCCACGGCGGCCAGUUUGGGCCACGCCUCCGGCCGAUUCCACUGCACGCCGGGCAAGUGCCGGAACAACAACUGCAUCAACAAGCAGUCGCCGGAUGGGGAGCUGCCCAACGGGCACGGCUCGCCCACAUCUCUCACCAGGGUGCUGGUGCACCAGGCGCCGGAGGAGCAGCCGGUGCCCCCCGCCCCGGCGCCCAUGAAGAAGCUGAAGCAGCACGUCGAGUUCCUGUCCACCUCGCCCACGCGCCACCAGUCGCAGUCCCUGCCCAACUCGCGGCAUCCCAGCCAGCAGCGGCCGACGCUGGCCAGGAUCGCCAGUGCGCCCCAGUCGCCCACCGCCGGCUCCUCGAAGGUCAUCUCCGGCCAUGAGUUCGACUCGAUCAGCAACAUCACGCUGAGCAACGCCCUGCGGCAGCUGGCCAGCCUGGUUCUGAUAGCCAGCGACAUCUUCGACGACCUGCAGCGGGAUCUGCAGGCGGUGGGCGAACGGGCUGGACGGGUGCAGCGGAAGAUUGCGGCGGUGGAGCGGCGGGUUUGUGCCUACGAUCCGAAAACGGUCACAGUUCCUGAAAGCGACCUGCUCACCUUUGCACAGCGCAAGCAGCACUUCCAGACGGACAAGUCAUUCCAGCAAGAGCUCUUCACCGGCGAUUCGCGACCGCUGAGCGUCCGCCAGCUUUACACGGAGGCUGGGAAGGAACUGCCGGUGGCCGCCGGAGCCACGGCGGUGGCCCUCGCCUCCUUGGCCCACUCCCAGUCGCUGAUCCCGUCCCGCUCCAUCUCCUUCAACGGCGAGGUUGUGUCCAGCGACCACGAAGUCCUGCAGCUCAAUGGAUCCGCGGGAACGGAGGAUCAUCUGCUGUGCGUGUCGGACUUUGGAAAUGCCAACCGCAAGCUGCGCACGCGCAUCGAUGCCGAGAUCGAAAUCCGUUUGCCCGCUGCCAUCGAGGAUCUGCGGAAGUGGACAUCCAGCGAGGCGCUGGGUGAUGUCACCGUCACGCCGGAUUGCAUGCACCACGUGGACACCUCGGUGAGCACCUCGCUGGUCAUCGGCGAGAAUGGCAUCCUGACGCCAGCCCUGUCUCCGUCCGUCCUCUCCGCCGACGCCGUCGACGCCCUCUAUUCCCAGAACCUGAGCCAGGCGGCGGACAGCUCCCGGCACAACCACCAUCAGCAGGCCCUCAUCCCGAACGAUAUCAAUAAAGAUGUGCCUUUGAACCAUCGCUUGCCUUCACCCGAGGAACAAACCAAACAGAUUGCCUUAAAAUACCCCGCCGAAGUGAUUUCGGUGAACACCAGCGGCAAGCACUUCCAGCGGAUGUGUGCGGCGCGUAAGUCCACUAGCGGAGGAUACGCUGCUGGCGCCACGGCCGGAUCCUCGACCAGCACAUCCCCGGAGAACGCCGGCCAGGCGGAGGGCAACAACCUGGACGACAAUGUGCAGACAGUCAGCCGGAGGUCAAGGUCGCGGAAAGUGCGCGGCAAGCGGCGGAACACGAUAGCCGGGAUCGACCAGAAGGAGAUCCAGGAUGCGGCCAAUGGCAAUGGGGAGUCCAAGAAUGCCUCGAAUGCCACCUCGCCGGUGGCCCAGGCUCAUCAGCCGGAGUCCACCUCUGCGGAUGCCAAGAAGUCCAAGAAGUUCGGACGCAGCAAGUCCAGCGACAUCUUAAAAAAGGAAUCUGCUGCCUUGCCCUACGACAAAGGCAAGAGCACCCUCACCCGUCUGAAUUCCCUGAAGCAGUGGGGUCGCAACCGCUUCAAGUUCAUGCAGCGCACCGGCGAACUGGGCGACCAGUUGGACACCAGUGGCUGCAGCUCCCAGAACAGUUCCGCGGAGAAGGCGGACAGCCAUCAUGGAUCGCCGGCGGGCGAGAGUCCCAAGCGCGACAUCGACGACGAGUGCGUGGUGCAUCAUCUGGUGGCCCAGAAGAGUGAAUCUCGGUUUUCGCACGAACGAAAGCCCUCGUAUUCCUCCUCGGAGAAGAGCAUGAGUGUGUCCAGCAGUGGUCAGCUCAGGGGCAGGCUGCAGCUCUCCUCAGGCGCCGGUCCGCUGGCAGCGGCCCAUGUGAAGAUGCGGGAAACGGCCACGCUGAACAGGCAGCGACGGAACGGACUCCAUGCUCUGGCUGGCAAGGAGGAGCAGCCCCAUUCUUCGAGUGGCAACUGGAGUGCCAGCUCGGAAUCGGGUCGCGCCUCCAUUGGCAGCGAGAUCACCAUGCAGCCCAAGUCGAGUGCCUCGAGCACGUCCCUGAAUGUGUCCAGUUUUCAGCCAGGAGGCGCAGGCAGUGGUCCACCGUCGUCCAUGUUGAGCAGACGGCGGUUCCUGAACACCUCGGCCUCCAGCAGUGUGACCAGCGAAGGUACUGCCACCCCGGAACUUCAGGCGGAAGCGGGUGCCUAUCCGGGCCAUCUCGAUGAUGAGACGAGUUCCGCUUACAGUUGCGACACUGAGGGAUACUACACCUCCUUCCACAUGGACAGCGGAUUGCGCACCCUGAAGGAGGAGGAGCCAUCGCCCAUGCCGGGAACUCCGCUGCAGACGAGCCUGCACACCAGCAGCUAUUCCUUCGGUAGCCAGUCCAACCAGACGGUGCUCAAUGCGGAGAGUGAGUACGAGCUCUUCGGCAGAGGAUCCACUUCCACUACGACCAGUUCGGCCGGCACCGUGUGCACUGCUCUCCUAAGUGGGGCCGCAUCUGGGCCGGAUGUGCCCGAGCGGAGCAGCUCGCUGGGCAAGCACAGUGGUCAGAGCCGGAGCCAGAGCACCAGUGCGAGUAGCAGCACGCUGGAGAGGAGUUACAGCAGCAGCACCAUUGGCAGCACUUUGGAGCGAACGGGAACGAUCAAAAGGAAUGUGAAACUGUCGCCGAACAAGGGAGGUGGAGAAACCCUCGAGAAGGAUGGUCAGCAGGAGCAGGAUCACCAGCAGCAGCUGGAAUUCUCCGAGAGCUCUGACCUGGAGGGAGUGGAGCGCAUUGAGCGGAUUAAGCAAAAGACGGCGAUUAGCUCCAAAAGAAUACCGUCCAUGUGCAUCAUCACACCGACCACCAGCGACGACGAUGAGCACCAGGCCAUGGAUCCGAACCGCACGCUGACCAGCCUCACCAUCGAGGUGGACCAGGAGCAGGAGGACGAGGAUGAGCCCGAGCAGAAAACGCCCACCAACAGCAAGGACCACAACCUCAACGAGCUUAAGCAGACGCCCACGAAAGCGCUGAGCGGCAUGUUCGAGAAGCUGAGGGUGAAACUGGUUCCGGGCAAAAGCUCUCCGGCAAAGAACCAAAUCCAGCCCAAGCCCGCCAACGCGAGUGCCGUGAAUGACGACGAGCUUUACGAUUUGGCCGGCGAGUACGUCACCAUAGCAGACAUCAGCAACAACAAUAACAACAACAAUAACCGACGGAACACUGGAAUGGGUAUAUACUAUUCCAAUGACAUAGUUUCCAAGAGGGUUGAACCCUCCGCUGCCAUCGUUUCCGAGUAUGUUUCGCUGAACGAGCUGCCCCAGCACUUGCGUCGGCAUGCGGUCUCGUCGAGAUCUCCGUCGGAGAGCGAGUCCUGCGCACAACAACAGCCACAGCUGCCCGUUGAGCCGGCAGCUGCGACCCAUCCACCACCACCCCUCGGCAGCAGGACGAAGGGCCAGUCGACGGGGGAGGGUGAGGGGGUGCCCAUGUACGCGGAAAUCGGCGAACUGAGCGAGGAGAAGCCGCUGGCAUCGGCAUCGGCAUCGGAAUCGGCAUCGGCAAAUCGCCGACUUCGCCCGAACGCCGAGGGGAAGUUGGUCUACGACUCCGACAGUCUGAAGCGGCGCAAGGGAGCACACACCACCUUCGCACCUGGGCCGUACGUGAAGGAAACCGAAAGUGCGCUCCACAGUGCAGAAAGUGCAGCAGCGGCGGCAGCAACGACACAGGACGACGCGGGAGCAGCGACAACAGGAUCAUCGGGAGCCACCACCAAGAGCGCCAAGCUCCUGCUCUUCAGCGGCGGCGGACUAAUCGCUGGCAAUCGCAAGGUGGCCAAUGUGAGGCCCAUUCUGGCCAAAUCACCGCUCAGCAGGAACAACGGCGGAAUGGCCACCUAUCAGGCAACGGGUACCAGCUACCAGGAGCAGAAGCAACUACUGGCCAACCGCACGAAUCCCUUCUACGAGACCAUUGCCGCGCCCGUGGCCAGUCUGAUGAUGCCCUCGCCGUCGGGCAAGUCCAAUUCAUCGACGGGCUCCACGGCCACCAGUUCCUCCUCAUCGGCAUCGGGCCACUCCGGUGAAGAAGGGUAUCAACGUUUCUCUAAUAUCUAUGAGCAAGUGCAGCCAGCACCGAGCACCCAGCCAAAGGAAGAUGCUACUGCCACGCCCUUCCAGCGCAGUGCGCCCAUCUACUGGACGCUGCAAAGUCGACGCAGCCAGCCAAGGCCACAGCCCACUGGCAACGUGACCUGCCGGGAUGACCUCUAUGCCACGCCCAUUCGCCGGGCCGACCGACUGCCACGCCCAGUGGCUGUAGCAGCACCUGCAGCGGAGAGCAACAGGAGCAACAUAUCGCCAAUCGUGCCAAGGAAUCGGGCAGGAGCCUUCCUCACCUCCACGCCCACGAGGGGCGGAGAAGGGGAGCGAGAUCCGGAGAACACCCAACUGCCCCCCAUGAAGCAGCCAUCGCGCAACUGGACCGACGAUGCCCCCGAACGACUCAACACCUGUGCGGAUCGCAUUGGCCAAAGCAAGACCACGCUGAUGGACUUCAAGAAGCUGCUGCUGGCCAAGUCCGCCAAGGCGAGCCCUGUCCAGAGGAAGGUAUCCGCCGUGGAGCUGCUAAAGAAGUCAACCCAAGCCACACCAACCCCUCCCACUUCGAAAACUAGCGGAGCUGGGCAGAAAGCACCAUCAACUGGAACCAAGCCCACGGUUAAUACCAGCCUUAAGCUGCUGGAUCUGAGUGGCUCUCCCAAAACGUUUGCCAACCGAAGGAUGCUGCGCCAGGGUCAGUUUGGAUCGCCCUCCAAGACCUUCGCCCCAAAGAUGCGGGGUCCCGUGAAUUUGGUGGCUGCUGCAGCGGCACAGCCUCGUACGGACAUUAUGUCGAGCACGAUUCUGGAGGCGAAUAGCGAAGAAGAUCACUCCAACACCAGCGGAGGAUCCCGGGCUAGUUCGGAAGCGGGCGAGACCACCGCACCCUCCAGCUUUGAUCUAAAGCGAAACUUCUUCCUGCAAACCGAGGAGAACAACUUCAUGCGCGGCGAACUGAAGCCCAGCUUUGCCAGGACAAAUGGAGCAGCUGGUGGUGCCAGUGCCGAGGGCAACAAGUACGUGGCAGCUCCAGUGGCGAAUCCUCCGCUGCCCUCUCUCGAAACGGCGUUGUAGAGUGGGUCCAACCCACUGCUGUAGCCAGCGAUUAUACAUAUUCCAUAAGAAACAUAAUCGAGAUGAGCAAUUCCCUUCCGUAGCCAAGCCGAAACUGCAUUUAUUGACGGACGGAAACGAGUCAGAAGCGAUGCUACUUUAUGCAACAUAUACAUAUAUCACUAUAUAUACACAACACCUUUAUACAAUGAACUGUAUUUUUUAAAUUGUGCUGCUUGUAUAAACGGAGAUGUUUUAUACACGAAUACGAAUCGUCUAUACACCUACAAUAUAUUUAUUUGUAAUUUUACGUUAUUUAUUGCAAUUAUGUAUUACGCUACAUGCAUUGCUCUUUGUUUUGUAGUACAACUCUUGUACGUCUACGAACUGAUGAGAAUCGCUUAAAAAUUAAACACAUUGAAUAACACACUUGGAAA